AUGUCCCAAAUCAGCGCCAUGGUUGAGGAAACACUUGGAGGAAUUGACCGAGAGUUGGCUUCGAGCUUGACACAAAAACAAGAGAGUUUCGAUCACUGGCAUACGAAGAUCCGCGAGUCUGCCAAAGCUCGGCAGAUCGAACAGAAGCAAUAUGAUGAACUCAGACGCAAGACUUCUGAGCGCGUGGAGCUAGACCGGCGCAUCAAGAAUCUGGAGCGGUCAUCUGAGGGUCUGUUCGUCACAGUGCAGAACACGCCAGGAUUGGACGCGACCAGGACGGUUGUUGUGGGUGAUGCCGACAGAGAUUCCGGUGUUGAUGUGGCGACAUUCGAUGCCCUGUUCCCCGAGGGUUUCGACCCAGCGUCCGGGUUCUCAGAACAGCAAGUCGGCUUCCUGGCUUCACUGCCAGCAACAGAUCUACUUAGGCGCCAGGCACACUGCUACAAAGAAUUCAACGGUGGGAUACUAGCUGAAGUCGAUAGCCUGAAAGCAAAGAACGCAGUUCUUGGCCAGAACUACCGACGCAUGGUGAUGGCAUGCACGGGCUGGACGGCAGAGCAAGUAGAUGAGGCCGCGGAGGGGCUCACGCAAUGCGUCAAGGAACUGAAUGACAAUCCCGUCCCCGAGGAUGAAGCCAUUGAGAUUCUGAUGCGGGAUCGCGGGCAGGACUGGUAG